UAUUGGGGUGAAAUAAACUAAAUUAGUACUGGUUUUAUUUUUUUUGUUAUGGUAAGAUCGAUAAACAUUUAGGGUUAGACAAGCUGUGUGGUCAUACCAUGCAUAUGGCGGGGGACAUAUUAUAUAUGUGACACCGUUCAAACAACGUGACCUUCUCCUAAUAUUUGACAAGCUGCGGGGUAUUAACACAACUUCGGGAAUAUUUAGCACACAAGAUUCAGAUGUUAGAUGUUACAGCUUCAUGAAGGUGGAAAACGGAGAGAACUGCGUUGCUAAAGCUUUUUGUUCCGCUUGGAUCCUGAAAGACACGGUGACAGUCUGUGUUUCCUCGUUUUAGUAGCUCACUUUUGACAGUUUUGGCUAUUUUAUCGCGAUGUUACGGCUCUUCGCUAAUCAAGGUUUUAAUGAACUCUGGAAAUGCAGUCAUUUUGUGGCAUCCUUUGUCACCAAGAGGCAAGUCACAAGUUUCCUCCCAGUAUGCAGCACUGGUCUCAUCCCUGCUCGCCACUUUAACACUGGGAUCCAGGUGUGGAAUGACGCCAUCCAGACAAAAACGGAUAAUACUGAGGACAUACACACAGUAGAUGUGGACAAGUGGAAAUCCGUAAUGAGAGUACAAGUGGCUUCACAAGAGAAACAAGUCAAUGAGGACGACGAGGAAGUAAGUGAUGAUCAAGAAAUCCCCUCAGGUGGUUCUUCUCUGGAGGCAACCCGAGACCUGGUUGCAAUGUGGCAGCUGGCUGGGAAGUUUGUGCCUAAAGAAAUUACUGAUGCAGAGCUUCAGGCGCUGGCGGACCUCACCACCAAGUCCUCCAGGAAGAAGUAUCUGAAGUACCUGGCAAUAAAGGAGGGCCGCAAAAGGUCCUGGAAGGAGAAGCAGCAGCAGAAGAAGGCAGAUAGGGAAGCUUUAAGACAACAGGACGGCGAUGCGGAGGAUUGGAAAAAGCCUGCGCUCAAAAACACGAUGUUCCUCAAUCUAUGGGGCCGCACAGUGGACAAGCACAUGGCCUGGAACAGCGCCCGGUCCAUGCUAUUCGGCCAACCGCUAGUGUUUGACAUGAGCUACGAUUCCAACAUGGGCAGACGUGAGUUGGUGAACGCGGUGUCCCAGCUGAUGGAGGCCGAAGGGUGGAAUCGACGUGCCAUCGAGCCCUACCACAUCCAUUUUUGCAACCUUGAGGCAAACGGGGCCUACAAGAAGGAGCUGAUCAGGCGAUAUGGUGCUGAAGCGUGGGAACACCUGCUCAUCACCGACUCUGAGAAACAGCACGUGGAUCUGUUCCCCCGCGAACAGCUCGUGUACCUCACCGCAGACUCCCCCAAUGUUCUCCGCAAGUACGACCACGACAAGGUCUACAUCAUCGGAGCUCUGGUGGAUCGGACGAUCCAGAAAGGAGUGACGUUGGCCAACGCCAAGCGUCUGAAUCUGGCCACGGCACGUUUACCGCUUGAUGAGUUCCUCCAAUGGGAUAUUGGAGCCAAAACUUUGACCCUGGACCAGAUGAUCCGCAUCAUGCUCUGCAUGAAGGACACGGGGAAGUGGGACGAGGCGUUGAAGUUCGUGCCCCAGAGGAAGCACGAUGGCUUUCAUCAAGAACUGACAGAGAAGAGUAACGCAAACGACAAGUUCACCUGUCAGGAUGCUGUCAGGCCGUUAGGGUCUGCAAAAAUUGAGAGGACAUUUAAAAAUGAAGGCCUGUUCAGGUCUGAAAAAGGCUUUGGGUUCAGUGGCAGAGACAGAAAGGCCGGACUGAGCAGUGACAGAGCUGCAACCAGAGUACGGACAUCGUUAAGGAGCAACUUGGAGGGAGGAAAAAUUGCAGGCAAAGGCAAGAUGUGGUGGACUGAUGAGUGAAGUAAACAACAUUUGCAGUUUGUUAUUAUAAGGAUGUGUCUGAGGAAAUGUCAAUAACUGAGACAAGUGGGGAAUAAAGUGUUGCUGUAAGUCAUAGUGGUCAUUUACCUGCUGCUUUUAUACUUCAGGGAAAUAAACGACAUUUUUUGUUUUACAAAAAAGUAGAAACUACUUUGGUCUUUAUUUUUGUAUGACAUGGAAAACAAAAUAUGUCAGUUUCUUUUCUCUGGAGGCUUUCAAUGCAAAUAAUAGCAUCAACAAUAAUCAAGACUUUUUUCAUGCAGAUGAACGUUACCAAAAUAUACAGAUUGAGUUUAGAAAAUUGCAAAAAGGCAUGUGUGUGGAGCUUCAUAAGUCACUGCAAGUUUUGGUACUGAAAACAAAAUUUGGAUUUGUAAAAGAGAACAUUGAUAGUGAAAAAUAAAACACAAG